AACGAAUGAUACCCCUCAGGAUCUAGCGCCUCCCUGUGGUACAGCCCCGACAAUAGCGUUGGGUGUACCGUCACUGUUGCUGCAACAGCUUCUUGUCUCGGGAUUUAGCAAUGGGCAAAGUUCGUCGCAGCAAGAAACCACCACCAGAAGGAUGGGAAUUGAUUGAACCAACCUUAGAGGAAUUGGAUCAAAAGAUGCGUGAAUGUGAAACUGAAACACACGAAGGAAAGCGAAAGGUAGAAUCCCUCUGGCCCAUCUUUAAGAUUCACCACCAAAGGUCCAGAUAUGUCUUCGAUCUUUUUCAUAAACGCAAGGCAAUCAGCAAGGAGCUCUACGAGUAUUGCAUCAAAGAGGGCCUGGCUGAUAAAAACCUGAUGGCCAAAUGGAAAAAGCAGGGAUAUGAAAACCUCUGUUGCCUACGGUGCAUUCAGACAAGAGAUACAAACUUUGGCACCAACUGCAUUUGCAGAGUCCCCAAAGGAAAGUUGGAAGAGGGGAAAAUUGUUGAAUGCGUCCACUGUGGCUGUCGUGGCUGCUCAGGCUGAAGAGGAGCACUCACAGCAUCUGUAAAAAAAGGACCCUUGUAUCAUAUCUCGUCAAUAGAUUGUAUCCAAAAUUAA